GAUUUUCACACUAAUCGAGUGCAGUGUUAAGGUGAAAUCGCAAUCACACGCUCCCAUUUAUUCUUUCAACACUUACACUAACGCAAAUCAAUUAACAAGAGAAUUUUCAUUUUUUAUCCUUAACCUUAAUAAAGUCGAAUAGUUAGAUCGACAGUAUCAUUUGGAGUCCGCAUUCACUGUUUUGGUAUUAGUUCUGGUGCGCACACGCACUCCGCGCAGCGCAGGCCUCAGUGCGACCGCAACGCUCGCUCAGUAUAAACUUGAAACGAAACGAUCGUGAACUGUGACAGUUGAACUCUGUGUUUGUUUGUGUUUGAUUUAUUCAUUUAUAUAGAUCGAUACUGCAUUGAGUUGACUGGAAUCUGAUAAACCACCUGUCUUCUCAACCUGGUUUUCCCGUCGUAUCGGACCCAGAAGUACUACUUCAACUAACGUACUGCUGGCAAUGAUAACGAAGAAAGCAGCUUAAAAAACUGAAUUGAUCUGGUGUGCCAUUUCAAAAUGCGAAACAACAAAAGUUGUCGGAAUUAACAUAAUAUCGCGCCAGGAAUGCUGAAGAAAUCUCCAACAAAAAUGGACCACAGAAUAUUUCUUUUAUUGGCGCUGUCCGCGCAUCUGUGUUUGGUGUCCGCUGACAACAAUGCCUUCCUCACGCAGACAGUGUAUGGGUUCUUGGACUUUACCACCACGAUAGGAAACACGGUUAUGGUCUUCUCGCCCCAGUCUGCUCCCCCACCAGAACCACCGAAAACUGAAAAAUCUAUUCAAGAAAAUGCUAUCGAGACGAAACCACCACCAGUUAGUGACGUAAAGCCUGAAGCUAUAAAACCAAGCAAAACUAUCGACAAAACAAAUCAUAAAGCCUCCUCGCCGUCAAGCUCUAUUUCGGUUGUUACAUCUAAAAAAGAGGACAAAAAAGCGAGUACUCCAAAAUCUGUCGUUAAAGAACAAAAACCAAUAGUAACCAAAGUUGAGGUGGUAACUGGACCUUCAAAAAUUGUUGAAAAUCCACAAAAAUCGGUGAAACAAAGUGAUAAAGUUCAAAAGAAUUCACCUGCUAAGAGCUCUAAUGCUAUAAGUAGCAAAGUUGAAGUGAAAGCUAACGCCGUACAACCCUCUAUUAUUUCGAAAGUUAAUAGCGUGGUUCACGUUCAAUCCAGUCAGUACGACGAAGAACCAGCAAUAUUAGUAUCCAAUAACAUUGGAGAGCCGGAGUACGAUUACUUAUCUCGUCAGCCAUCUGAGUUUGUCGAGGAAACUUAUAAAGUAAUCAAUAUUCGCCCAUCAAAAUCUCAUGGCCACAAGCCAAAAAACAAUGGUAAGAACCGUCAUCAACCCACACCACCACCAGAUGACGAUGAGCAUCCGCUGGGCCUUGUGACAACUCUCGGUGGCACGAUCGUCAAUAAUGGACUAACAACGGUUCACGAAACCAGUGUUAUCGGCACAUACAUAUCAGGAAAAUAUGCUCAGGUACUUAACAGCAACUCAAAAAUAUUGAACUCCGGUCACAAGGCAAAGAUUAGUCCGAGUCAACCUCAUAGAAUUACAAAGACAGCGGCGCCAUCUAUAUCCAAAAAUCAUAGACAUAAUCUGGAACCGACGCCAUCAGCGGGAGACGAAGAUUCAAGUCACAACAAGAAUACGCGAAGACAAGUCAACGGUGGUAGCUCAUUCAAGAGUCACAGGCACCGAUCUCAAAAUAAUGAAAAUUCUAACGCUGAACCUACUGCACCUCAAGCUCCUCAGGGCAAGAAAUAUAAAAACAGAAAUCAUUCAUCGCAAUCUCAAAGAGCACAAAAUAAAGAGGAACAAUCUUCUCAAGGAUAUACGACUAGGCGUAACAAAAAUAGCUCUAACCGACACAAAUCAACUGCUACCAAUGCAGGAAAUAACGAGGGUCAAUCAAAACGUUUCAAAGGUCGCAUCCAACCAUCAUCCGUAGAGCAGGUAACUCCUGCAGCAUCAACAAGCGUUUAUAAAUUCAAAUUAAACAGAACCCCAAGCACAGGCCGUUGGCAAUAUAAAACUAGUCCGAAACCAAAAGUGACUAUAAGGAAAUCUAGCGAGGACGACCAACAAACAACGCCUAGCUACAAUCCCUUAUUGGAUGAUCCCGCUAAUGACCUUUCUGCGAGAGCACGAUCUGAUAAUGAUUUGGAGCUAUCCGGCUCACAAAGUGGUCCAGGAACACUGCUCGAGAAUGAUACAGAUGACAACUCUAUUGAAAAGUUACCCCCGGUAGAAACACUGAAGGUUGAAAUUAGUACUCCCGCUGAUUUUCAUGAUGUGUAUUACGAAAUAGCUACUCUAAAAUCGCCAUACACAUUCCAGGUUGGGCGAGUAAAAAACACCAGAAUAAUAACUGUUACAACAACGAUCGAAAAACGAAUCGAACCUACAAUAGUGCCUUCACAAAGUUCUCUCAACGAACCGUUGACAGAAAAUAUAUUAGCGACAGCAUCACCGUAUGGGAAAGAUAAUUAUUUCUUAGAUUCAAGCAUUGCUACUUUACCAGCGAUAACGCUAUCUUCCGAUGUCGAAACACCACCACUAGAAACGGUCACAGAAACGUUCAGUACGACGCAAAACAUGCUCAAGACCCACAUUUUACCAGUCAUCAGAGAGCCGAAUAUUACCAGCAGCCUCACUUUCAUUCAAACUUAUCAUGUGACGAGACUAGUGACGGCCACAAAAACUCUACCGCCCAUGGAAUUCUUCCAGUUCAUCCCAAGUAAAACAUUAAAAGAGUUCAACAGUCGUCUAGAUGAAGCUGGAUCCGAAUUACAUUUGGAAUUGGACUUCGGCGACAGCAACGAAGACGAGGAAGGCCACUUGCGUCGCGUGUUCCCAUCCGACCUAGAUCUCGCGAACAUCGGGUCAAACUUCGAUUUGACAGAAAUCGAUAAGUACCGAGACAACCACUUGCGACUCAAGAAAGCGCACGGACAGAAUAAGAACAACCAAGUGACCGAAGCUCCGAGUCCCUCCACGCCCGCUCUCACUCCGGAACAGGCUCAGCAGCUCGCCCUCCUGAGGUUGUUGAACCCGGCCGCGGCUGCUCAGAUUCCGAACGUCGUCACUACUUCCAAGCCGGUCUUGAAGUAUGAAACCAUCUACGAGUCCCACGUGAUCCCCUUCUUCAACGGCAGAUCGACCGUGGAGAGCACUAUAUCUCGGCCCGUGGCGACGGUCACGAAAACCGAGUACGAAAUAGGCACGAGCAGCCUGCCCGCUCUACCUCUGAACCCCCUGUUCCCUCAGCAGCAGUUCACGGUGACGUCGACGCCCGUGAUCGUGAACACCGAGGUCGUGGCGACCGACAGUCAGGUUCUGAAGCUGACGUUCGGCGCCAAGACCCUCUACACGACGUUGUUCACGACCAAAGUCGUACCCACGGUGCUGACGUCGUACGUGACGUCAUCGGUCCCCGUGCAGCCGAGCGCCGCCCCGGGAUUCCCCGGCUACUUCCCCGCUCCCUACCCACCGUUCCCCUACGUAGGUUAAAUGGACAGUGAAAAACGACAGUGCGUUUGAGUGAUAAGUGAUACCGUGACGACGCGUUAGUGAAAUUGAGUGAUGAAGUGCCGUACGAGAAAUAUAUGUCGCAAACUCGAACAGUGCUAAAAGCGUAGUUGUGAUUUAUGAACUUACAUAUAUAUUGAGACGGUUGUGUUUGUGAAUUGCUCAUCAUUUCAUUGUAAAUCGUUGAUAUAAAUAAUAAUUAUUACCAUUAAUAAAUUAAUAUUAAUUAAUCGAUGUAAUGAUCUAAAUUUUAGUUAAUACUCAUUUAAAAUUCGUUCUCGUAACUUCUUCGCAUUUCGUCAUUAUUGAUGAUUUUUGUCUAAUUUAACGGCUUAUUAAAUUAGAUAUCUAAUGCGCGAACAAAUUUUGAGAACAGUCUACCUGCUAAAGGAUUAAAUUCGCUGACGUGUAACACCAGGGAAUUUGUAAAUAUGUUAUUUAUGUUUUGUAUAUAUUGUGUACUUUUUAAUCUA